AUGCGUCGCCCCCGUGUGUCAGGCCAUUCCCUGCAACGGCUUGCCAAAGCCACCGCAAGCCGUCGCCUCCAUGGAACCAGUGCCGACGUGGAAUCCGCAAGACGGUAUUGUUUCAAGCAGCUGCAGACUAGCGACUACGACGCCCAUCUGAUCCGGCGGUUCGUGCCCCCUCCGGCUCAAGAUACCUACGCUGCCCUCCGGGCGCUCAACCUCGAGCUGGCGCGACUACCCGAAGCGGUGUCCAACCCGGCCACCGGAGCCCUCCGAGUCAGGUUUUGGCACGAGUCCCUCGACAAGACCUUUGCCGGACUGCCGCCCCGCGAGCCCAUCUGCAUCCUGCUGCACCACGCCCUCCGGGGACUGGAAGCUCGAGCCGGGCCCGCGACCAGAAAAUCAAUCAAGUUCUGGGUAUCCAGGCUUGUCAGGACGAGGGAAAAGCAGCUGGAUGGCAGGCCUUACCCCAGCCUGAUGGCUUUGGAGGACUGCGCCGAGAACACGUACUCGUCCAUCAUGUACGCGACGCUGGCAUCUGUGCCCCUGCGAUCCGUGCACGUGGACCACCUGGCCAGCCAUAUCGGCAAGGCUUGCGGCAUCAUUGCCGUCCUGAGGGGGGUUCCGAUCCUCGCCGCGCCCAGCCGGCCUGUAAAGACGCCGACCGGCAGCGACGCACCAAGCACCCGCCAACCCUCCCUCUUGCUGCCCCUCGAUGUGAUGGCUGAGGAAGGGGUCAAGGAGGAAGAUGUCUUUCGACAGGGACCCAGCGCUGCAGGGCUGCAAGACGCCGUCUUCAAGGUGGCAACUCGUGCCAACGAUCAUCUCAUCACCGCCCGGGACAUGCUGAAGCGGUUAAAGGCGGGCGAGGACCCAGGCCACGACUUUGAGCACGAGGGCGAGGUCGAGCACUCCUACCAGGGCGAAAGUGACACGCCCGAGGAAGUCCGGCGGGGCUUCGGGGUGUUUCUGGAAGCUGUACCGGCUGCUCACUACCUGGACUGUCUGGAAAAGGCCAAUUUUGAUCCGUUUGCUGUGCAGACCGGGGGGUGGAAGUUGCCGUGGAGAAUAUGGCAGGCGCUUUCCAAGACGAGUCUAUGA